AUGGAAGAAGCAAUUAGGAGCGUGGAAGAGAAAGAAGGCGUUCGCCUCACUUGGAACACCUUCUCAAACAUAAAGUCCGAAACUGCGAAGAACAUUAUUCCUUUGGUGUGUCUGUACAAGCCGCUGCACGGGUACCACAACGACUCGCUUUUGAAGGUAGGGUACGGGGCCGUUCGAUGUGCACGCCCUGAUUGUGCGAGCGUGCUGAGCCCGUACUCGUCUUUGGACUUUGGGUCCAAGCACUGGGGAUGCAUCUUCUGCGGGCGCAUGAACAUGCUGCCUCCGCACUACAGAGACAUCUCAGCAGAAAACCUUCCGUACGAGCUGUUUGGAGACAACAGCACCGUGUUCUACAAGGGCACCCAAGUGUCUGGGUACAAAAGAGUCUAUUGGUUUGUUAUCGACGUGUGCAGCUUUGACGAGGAAAGGCACCUUCUCCUGAAAGAGGGCCUUCUCACUGCGCUGGAAAGCCUGGGCGAGGACGACCACAUUGGAAUAAUUCGGUACAGCGCAAACAUAGAAAUAAUCAGCCUGGAGAAUCUGGAGGUGCGAAAGCUGCACGUGUUCCCUGCUGUUGACUACACAGUGGCUGUGCUGCAAAAGGAGUUUGUUGCGCCUGGAAACAGCAUCUCGCCACUGUCCAAGUUUACGCGAAGAAAGGGGGACUGCCUGCAGCAGGUACAGCAGAUUUUCAAGAACCUGCAGAUAAACGCGUUCCCCGUGCCCACCAUGGAGAGGCCCAAGCGGUGCACAGGCAGCGCCAUCCAGCUGGCCAGCAGCAUUGUGCAAAGCACGUGCGCAGAGGGCACAGGCCACAUACUUCUGUUUACCCAGGGGCCCUGCACAUACGGGCCGGGCGCGAUAUCCUCGAUUAGCCUGAAGAAUUCGCUGAGAAUACAGAACAAGGACUUCUCCAAGCUGUUUACAAAGGAGUCGAUAUACGAGACCAUCGCGAACAACAUGGGGUCUCGGGGGCAUGUGAUCGACAUCAUUGCUGCCGGAAUUGACGACUUUGGGUUUGCGGAGAUGCGGAGCCUGAUUGAGAAAACCGCUGGAACCUCUGUGUUUGCAAGAGACUUCAACCCGUACAUCUACAAAGAGUCUAUCAAGCGAAUGUUUGCAAAGGACGCGGCAGAAGGCGCCGCAAUGAAGCGGGUGUUCGACGUGCGCACAACAGCCAAGGUGACAAAGGGCUACCAAAUCAAAAACACGCUGGGGCACGGGUUUGAGCAGAGCGCAGACAAGAAGCAGAACUAUGUGUGGAGGCAGGGGUCGCUUUUUGACAGGUCCACAAGCGCCUUUGUGUUUGAGCAGACCAGCGACGCGCCUGCCGGCGCAUCUGUGCACGUGCAGAUAUGCACCAAGUUUAUAGACAGCAACGGCGAGUCCUACGAAAGAGUCACCACCAUUGCAAGGUCGUUUGGAAACUCGUCAAACCUGGGCCAGCUGAUUCUGGGCUUUGACCAAGAGGCAGCGUGCGUGUACAAAGCCAAAGAGCUUUCUGUGAACGCGGACAACGGAGACGGGGUGGACGUCAUUCGCCAGGCAGACCGGUGCCUUAUCCGGUUUAUGCAGCGGUUCUGCCAGUUUGAAAAAGACAGCGCAAGCACCAUACGGGUGCCGCCCUCAAUGUCCUUCUUUCCCGAGUUUAUGUUCUUCCUCCGAAGGCUCCCUGCGCUGCACACAGACGGGCUGAGCUUGGACGAGGUUGCGUACCAGCGAACAAUUCUGCUGACCGAAGGCUCUUCGUCCACCAUGUGCAUCAUCCGGCCCUCUUUGGUGGCCUUCCACUACACUGGAGAGAGGUCUCCCGUUGAGCUGGACUCGAGGUCUCUAAAGCAGGACGUGGCGCUGCUUGUGGACACCUUCCACGAUGUGGUUAUAUGGUACGGCGAAAACAUCGCCUCGUGGAUAAAGGCAGGCAUAAAGGAAAACCCCGAGUACUGGUUCUUCAAGGACAUGCUAGAAUCGCUAGAGAAAGAAGCAAAUGAAAUUGUUGAGAAAAGGCUUCCUGUUCCCAAGCUGACAAAGUGCGAUCAGUACAGCUCGCAGGAGAGAAUUCUGCUGUGUAAAGUGAAUCCAGCGUCGUCAGUUGCAAACAGCGUGUCGGGGGAGGGGCAGACAAUUGUAACAGAAGACAUAGACUUUGCCAGAUUCUAUGAAUAUUUGAUAAAACUUGUGGUUUCUACAUAA